AUGCGAGGCACAGCGCCCCAAAAAGGACGAAUGAGCACCGAAACCUUCAGUUGUGCACAAGUUUCGGAAUACAAUUUCAGAUCUCCCUUUAAAUCACAACGAAAAGGCCACAUGCUGAUUGCCGCUAUCGCCAAGCUUGUGUUGCCUUCUACCAUUGUCGAGAAGGUGGAGAAAACACUGUCCAAGUGGGAUCCUGAUUUCCCUGGAACGGGGAACAUGGAAAACGGCGCUAUCUGGUUGGACCACAUCCAAUGCAGAGAAGAAAGCUCUUACUGCGAGGGCUUCAGAUAUCUCGACAAUGUGCAGAUCUUCAGGACCUGGCAUUACACCACUCGCGUUCUAAAUCCUCAGAACAUUGAGCUCAAAGAUAUUUACAAGCAUUAUCCUCUCCCCAAAACAGGAGCAGAGUGGGCAUUGGAAACAGUUUAUAGGAGUUUGCUGGAAGACUGCCCGUAUUCUUUGUCCCCGUCUUCCUGUGCCACUUCUGCGUCUUCUUCGGAGCCAGCAUGCAGAAAAGGGUCGCCGUUUUCUCUGAAUUUGCAUCUACGGCUGCUGCUGCACAUUUUUGGAGAUCUGCAUCAGCCGUUGCAUGCAGUCACUUUAUUUGCGAGAGAUUUUCCUGACGGAGACGAUGGAGGAAACGCGAUCAUUGUAUCUCAUGAAGAGCACCCCACUACUCUCCACCAACUGUGGGACGCGGGAGGCGGAGUCUUCAAGAAACACUUUGCUGAAAUUGAUUGGUCAACAAUCAAGGAAGCGGCCUUGGAUAUCAUUGCUGAGUAUCCGAAAAGCGUGUUGAUGGAUCGGAUUACGGGAGUGCUGGAUGGCACGAAUUUUGCCGCGAUUGCGGAAGAAAGCGCCCGACUCGCGCAGAAUGUCGCAUAUCAAGAGUUCGACUGGGCAACCUUCUCUGCCGCUUCGCUGCCCUAUGUUCCUAGCGACAGGUACAUGAAAGCCGUGAAGGAGGAAGCACGCAAGCAAAUCGCCGUUGGUGGAUACAGGCUGGCGCACGUCAUAACAAGGAUCGCUGCUGACUUGCCGACAGAGGAGGCGGAGCAGCCUGAAGAGGACAAGCAACAUCAGGUCGAGAAAAACGACCAACAGAAAGAGAAACAGCAGCAGCAGACGGACCGAGAGGCUUCAGCCGAGAUUUUGCAUCCUCCGCCUGCCGGGAGUUCCCACUGGCUUUUAAACAGAUGGCUUCAAGCGCAUUGGACUCCUUCCCAUUCUUCACUUUCCUCCCCGCCGCUGGGCAAAAUGAGCGCUCAUGACGACGCUGAUGCAUCUGCUGCCCAUGCAGAGCAUGCCCGCAGUCUUGACACAGAUCUCACUGGCCCCUCCCCGAGCGAUUCGCCUUCCUUCCUUUCCGCCUUAAAGAGAGCCUUCCAAAGUGUGGGGGGAUCCCCCAAGAUGCUUUCAUCACGGAGCUCAGCUUCACCCAGCGGUGGAAGUUUCGAGUUGAGAGAUGUACUUUCUAUGGAUCACGAGCAGAAGCAGGAGAAUUCGCCAGCGCAGGAUCCUCUGCGCGCGGCAGACAAAAAAGACGAUGCAGCAGAGAAAGGUGAACAAAACAAGGGCCCGUCGGGGACGGCCACUGACCUUUGA